GGGAGGCUGUUCCUAUUGGGAGCCCGGAUUACACCAGCUCCUUGGCGCGCGUUUCCUCUGAGCUGGGGAAGGCGAGGUCGGACCCCGGAGCUGGCGCCCACGGCGAGGCACCCUUGCGCGGGCAGGAGGAGACCGGAGGUGGGACCCGGGCGGCGCGCCUCGUCCGCCAGAGGCAACCCGCGCCGAGAGCGCACGGCCACCGAACGCCGGCGCCUCCAGCAUGGAGUGGGAGCUCAACUUUCUGCUCUAUCUGGCGCUCUUCUUCUUCCUGCUCUUCUUACUUUUCCUCCUGCUCUUUGUGGUCAUCAAGCAGCUGAAGAACUCUGUGGCCAGCACCGCCGGGGCGCUCCAGCCCGGGCGCCUCUCGCUGCGCCGGGAGCCUUGGGGUUUCUCCCAGGAGCAAGCGGUGUAAUCAGCACUGCGCGGCAACCGGCUGGAGGGCAUGGAGCUGUGCGGGCGCCGAGCUGGGACUCGGCCUCGAUUCUCCCGCCGCACGGCUGCCGGGGUUCUAGGGCCAGGCUUGGCUGCCUCGC